GGUAUAUAUAUGUAUGGUCUCAACAGAAUUGACGUUAAUCACAUGCCCUAAAUUUCAACCCUCUCUCUGCUACUAUACCUUCUUCGCCGGAGAACAUGGCAGAAGAGGAAUCAAAAGCAUUGAACUUCAUACCAGAGGUUAUACUCAAGAAGCGAAAAAGCAACGAAGCAUGGGCUCUCAGGAAAAAGGCUCAGUUAGAGCGCUCCAACUUCCAAUCUAACAAGAGCAAGGACGCUACCAUCAAAAAGCCCGAGGAUUUCGUUAUUCAAUAUCGCAACAUGGAGCUGGACCUUAUUAGAGUGAAGCGCAGAGUAAAGAGGAAACUUCCACACCUCAACUCAGACUCCAAGUCCUUACUUGUCAUUCGGAUUCACGGGAAAAACGAUAUGCAUCCGAAAACAAGAAAGAAUUUGUACAGCUUGGGGUUGAGAAGAGUAUUCAGUGCUGUCUUUUUGAAGCCAUCAGAUGGAGUGUUGGCCAAGUUGCAGAGGGUGGAACCAUUUGUUACCUAUGGAUACCCAAAUCUUAAGAGCAUAAAGGAGCUAAUCUACAAGAAGGGGCACAUGAAAAUAGAGAAGCGGAAAGUUCCGUUGACAGAUAAUAACAUUAUUGAGCAGGAAUUAGGGAAGUAUGGUAUUGUAUGCAUAGAAGACAUGGUGCAUCAGAUCUAUAAUGUUGGUCCACACUUUAAAGAAGUUAUUCGACUUAUGUGGCCCUUUGAACUCAACAAACCAGUAGGAGGGUUGACAGGAUCAAAAACCCUUUUCAAGGAUGGUGGAGACUCUGGAAAUCGGGAGGAUCUCAUCAACGAAUUAGUCUCUAAAAUGAAUUAACCUCGCUCAUAUAUAUUGUAUCAAAAUUUUGAUCUUGUUUGUGAUGCCCCCCCAAAUCUUGGCUUCAAGGAACUCAUUUUCUAGUUACUAUUGAUAUUGAUGUUCUUUAGACAAAUUAAGUUGUUACUCUCUUUUCUUUUUCUUUGUGUGUUUCGAUUACCAAUUUUUUCCGUCUGAAGUGUUUCAAUUUUAGAGAAGUAAUGUAUUACCGAUGAUAUUUCAGUGUAUUACGACAAA